AUGGGCGAGGGAGAACUGCGGAAAAUUCUGUGGCUUUGCGGUGGCGGUACCAACCCGUACUUGGCGACGGCACCACCUAGCGGCGCAUGCGUGGACGCGAUCCCGAACUGUGCCCAAUACGAUGUCAGUGUGUGCACGGACGCCCAGUACCGUCCAUGGGCCGUCGCCAAUUGCCCAAAACACUGCAACAUGUGUGGAGGCACUGGUACUGGUACGGGAACUGGCACUGGUACUGAUACGGGAACUAGCACUGGUACAGGUACGGGAACUGGUACCGGUACAGGAACUGGCACUAUCACAGGAACUGGGUCUGGUAGCUGUAUGGACAAGUUAUCCAACUGCGCUGCCUACACUCAAGAUGCGUGCACGGGAUUGUACGAGCAAUGGGCACGUGACAACUGCGCACACUACUGUAACCUCUGUCCAGCGACGGGUUCUGGUGGUGUAAUAACCGGAUCCGGUACCGCGGCACCGGGCACUGGGACAGGGACGGGAACGGGAACCGGCACCGGCACUGGCUCUGGAUAUGUGGAAUACAGUGGCGGUUGCGUAUAUAAGGGUCGGUAUUACGGAGCUGGUGACCAUUGGUAUGACGGCUGUGACUACAACUGUACAUGUGAAAACGGACAGACGGGCUUCUACAGGUGUGGAGAUAGGUAA